UGCUUCAGCAUUUUAAAGAAAUUAUCCGUCAGCAAUCAUACUUUAAGACACAGUUAUGGCAAAUAGCAGAUAAUCUAAAAGAUAUGAAAAAUGAAUUGUUGCAACAAGUUCGUCAACGGCAAAAUGUUACUGAAAGAGAAGAGUCUAUUUUCUCUUUUCAGCAGCUUCCUUUUAAUUCUGUGGAAGAUUUAGAAGAGCACUUGGAACAAUUUUUAUGUCAGCCGAAUAAUUUCGAAGCAUCGGUUAAAGAAGUAUCCAGAGUAGGGGGAAAUCAUCCUUAUGAAUUUAUUAAGCGCAAUUGUACUCGUUUGCUGACCAACGAGCUGGCUGAAAAAUAUAGUUGGCUAGGAGCAAAACAAAAGAGGAAAUUUGGUCAUUUAAAACUCGCUGACUUGCUAAUUGUUUCCGGUCAAAAUAGUAAUUCCGAAUAUACCAAAAAAGUUUUAGAAGAAGCAAUUCAGAAAUGGCUGCGGAGAGCUAAAGAAAGAUUAAAUGGUGAAGAGAAGAAGCGACAAAAACAAAGAACUGAAGAAGACUUAUCAUAA